GCGUCGUUGUUUACAACUGAUUGCACCAUCCUCAAACGGCCCAUUAAAUUUCGUAGUUAUUACACCUACACAUACCUUCAUAUAUAUAUAUCAAGUAGAUUUAAUGCUGUUACAACAAACUUAAAGAAAAUCGAAAAAGAUUGAUUGGUGGUUAAAUUGAUUUGUGGUUAAGUAGAGCUUUGCUCUAUCUUGGUUAAGUUGGAUAAAGAAAGUUGUUGCGCCUGGCAUUACGAAUUUUUGAAUUAAAAGCAGAUGUGAAGUGGAAUAAGUUGCUCUUUUUAAAUUAACGAUUUUAGAUUGAAAGAAUGGUUUACUUUACAAGACCUCGAAAAAUCCUAUUUUCUGGUGAACUUUGUUUAUCGAUGCAUGGUGUUUAGAUAGAAGUAGAUUUUGUAAUGUUUCUAAUGUGUUUUUAGCUAGUUAGAAUGCAGAUAAAUUGAGCAGAAAAACUUUCGUACUAUUUUUGAACUAGUAAGAUAAAAAAUCACUGGGAAAUAAAAAUUUUUGUUAGUUAUAUAAAAACGGAAAAUGGCUUAUUCACUUAAAAAAUGUAAUUUAUAUUUAAUAAAAUAUAAUUUUAUGUUGUCUUGUAUAAAUUUUAUUCUGCUUUUUUUUCUCACACACGCUUUCAUAAAACGGUACUCUUAUUCAGCUGGUCACCAAAAAUCUAUUGAAAUAUGCUCUCCAGCGUAGAGUAAGCCAUGCGGCAUACAAAAAUUUGUAGUUCUUAAAAAAAUGCCUCCUGAAUAGAGGGUUAAAAUACUCGAAAUUUUGUGUGCAGAAAUUUUGACCUCAACACGGUGUGCAAACUGGUCACUUUAUGAAACAUGCCAUUUUAAGUAAACUGGCUAAUAUAUAGACCUGUCCCUGCUUGGAUUUCCUCAUAUUUGUUUUAAUGUAUUUUUAAAAUGGGAUUUUAUGCGCUAAGUUAAAAACGCCCUUAAACGCCUUGCGUUUUUUAACGCCCAUUUCUUAGUAAAUUUUUAAAAAAAUAGACUUACUUGUUUAAAUUUCUUUAUCUGCCCCUGUUACACGAUUUAUGGUAAGUCCAUAUAUAUAUAAAUAAGAAUUUUAAUUUUACAAAAAAUCUUUAAAAUUUGAAAUUUUGGAACAAUUAUGGAAGCUUUGAGUUAGAUAAAUUCCAUUUACAGGAAGAAAAACAUAAGAGCUUUGUAAGAAAAUUUUACAGUAGAAUUUACAGUAAAAUUUACAGAGGUUUGAAUUAGACUUAGAAAGGGUCGGCUGUUGUGACUAUACUGUUCAUUUUUUUUUUCGCUGAAAAUAUGCAACAAUCAAAUGCUAUAUUAUGACAAUGUAUAAACUGUCUUAUUUAUCUCCAUUGAGAGGUAUUAUCCAAGGAAAAAAUAUAGGCUGGGCUUGCACUAUUGUAUUUAUUGUUAUUGUAAGUAUAUACAAUAUAUUUAAUUUUAAUGAAUAUAUAAAAAGCUUUUUUAUUAAUGUUCAUGCUUCUUCUUUCAAAUAUCUCUUUUUGUACAAAAAUAAUAUGAGUUUGUGUAUAGGAUUUAUUAUGCUUUUACCGUAUUGUAAUGAAAGUAAAAUUAUGUAUUGUACUUUAGGUAUCGUAGGACAGGUUAUUUAACUGUUCAGUAGUUUAACUGUUAAAUUAUAAAAAAAUAUUUUUUUCUAUUUAGCAUUUGUAAAAUAUAUACAGUAUGGCAGAAUCGCGCGAGACAACUAAUUUUGAUGGCAGCAUAUUUGAAGAGUUGGAAGCUUUAAAAGCUAUUUAUAUGGAUGAAGUAAAAAUUAAUACAACAAAGAUGGAAGUUAUUAAGGUCAUUUAUCAAAUGGAUCACACUAAGAAAAUUGUUUUUUACUUGUCCAAGCAGUAUCCUAUUGCUAUCCCGACUAUUAAGUCUUCUAACAAAGACAAUGAUCUUAUAAAGUUAAUGGAAGAUUCUGCUUCUGAAAGAGUUGGUACGCCGAUGUUAUAUUCUCUUGUUUCCACUGCUGUCGAGUAUUGGAAUGAUCACUCAGCUCUUGAUAAUAACAACAGCGGUAAGAAUGCAGAAAAGGAUGUGGAAGUUUUACAAUUUGUAAAAAAAAAUGACCAGGAUGAAAGAAAACCUGCGCAUCAUUCAAAAGUAAAAACGAAAAAGAAAAAGAAAAUUGAUAUCAACAAUGAAGAAAAAUCGAGUUUCAACACGAAAAAGAAAUCCAUGAGGACAGCUAUUGAUGUUAUCAAUCGCAUUCUCUGGGACAACUCAUUACCAACAGAAGAUUUUAUAGUUGGUUAUUUAGACAGAUUUAUUGGUGUAAUUGAGAAGCCAUUUUCAGCUUUUUCUUGGGAGGAUCUUGCAUCGGUGGAUUAUAAUGUUCUUGCAAUUCCAAAACAUCGAAUCCAAUAUUUCAAAUAUAAACAAACAAAAAUAUGGGACAAGAACGAUAGAAUGGAUAAGGUUUAUGGCUCAACUGGUCACACCGAAACCCUAACCGAUAUAGUGGAAUGUUAUAAAGAUAUCAAGGAACACAUUGUAGAAAAAACAGAAGAUCAAGUUGUGGAGGAGAAAACGAAAUCAUACAAUGACAAAGACAGACCAAAUUACUUUAUGUGCCUUCCCAUCACCAGCAUGGAAAUUAAAGAAAAUAUGCGAAAGGUACAAGAUCAUAUUUUGUCGUGUGAUGAUCGACUUGAGGAUGGGAUCAUUAGAACUUCCUUAGCACACAUCACAAUAUGUAUGAUGCGACUUGAGAACGACGAUGACAAAGAAAAAGCUGCUCAAGUAUUAAUCGCUCUCGAAGAUAUUUUGGUCUGUAUGCUGCCAUUAGAUAAAGCUGGAUUAACUGUGAAACGUGUCAAUAACUUUCGUGGUCUGGUAAUUCACGCUGAAGUACAACACCACAAUGUUUUUCAUAAAUUUGCAAAAAUUGCCAAAGCUAAGCUAAAAGACGCUGGUAUCCGAUUAGUUGAAAAUCACGACGUCUACAGACCACAUAUUACGUUGCUGAAGCUUAGUCGACCAUUAUGUAAACAACUAGAAAUGGAUUCAAUUAGUCCGUUUUUGUAUGAACAUUUCAAGAAUACAUAUUUUGGUGAACAAGCUGUUCAUGGUCUACGUAUUUGCUCAACAGGAAAAGAGCGUGGAGAUGAUGGUUUUUAUGUUACCAUUGGUAACCUGCACAAUAGCUUGUUUUGUAUAUCUGAUAAGCUGCCAUCUUUAAUAUAUUCGUACCUCAAGAAGUUAUUACAUACACGGUUAAUUCCAGAGGAAAUAUCUAAUGAAUAUAUGGCGGGGUUACUUUCACACGAUAAGAUAAUAUUUGAAAAAACUGCCUUGUCUUUUGAGAAGUCGCUUUCUUCGAUAGAUUCUGGACAAAUAUCAAAAGGAACUGUACUUAUUUUAAGAGGAUUACCUGGUAGUGGGAAGUCGCAUUUUGUGCAACAUUUACUAAACUCCGAAAAAAAUGACUUAUCUAUAAAAGUGUGUAAUGCUGACGGGUACUUUAAAACAAGCGAUUCAUAUGCGUUUACCGGUGAAAAAAUUUCCGCCGCGCAUGCUUAUUGUCGUGAUAGGUUCGUUGCUGGAAUGGAAGAGGAGACUAACCUAAUAAUCGUGGAUAACACUCAUUCGCAGAGGUGGGAGUAUCAAAUAUACGAACGUCUUGCACUGUUGUGUGGAUAUAAAUGCAGUGUGGUGGAGAUCUUAUGCGAAGAUGAAUCACAGAGACAAAGAUAUUGCAAACGUGGAAUUCAUCAAGUUACUGAUGUUAUCCAUAAAGAAAUGUUUUUAAGAUGGGAGCUGGAUAACAACGCAGCCUACAUAAAUUCUAAUUCGGAUAUUUCAAUAAUUGAUAUAAUGACAAAAGAUUUGAAUAAGAUCAAAGCGAAAUCAACUCAUUCUUCAACCGCACAAGAUGUUUUGUAUUCCGCUCUUUACUUAGAUGAAUGUUCCCAAAAAAAGUUGCUGAAACAUUUUCCGCCAAAUCAUAGGGUUAUUUCUGGAGAUCAUAUGACAAUCAGGCAUGCGCCAACCUUAACAGAUGUGAAAAAUACACCCGUCGGAAAGCAUAGUCGAGUAAAAAUGACUGGUUUUAUUGAAAACAGUUAUAUUCAAGCUGUGCUGGUUAAGGAGUUGGAUGAAAAGUUGUGCACAUUGAAAUUACCUCAUGUUACAAUAUCACAUGCCAAAAAAACUCCUGCGAAACAAGCGCAGAAAUGGCUGGAAAAAGAAAUUAUAAAAAACCUCGAAGAAGAAGUGAUUCUUUCUGGUGUAGUUGGGGUGCAAAUUGCAAUCAGUGCGAGCGUAAGUAAAAUGUGUACCGACCCUAAACAAUUCAGCGUUUUCCUAGGCACUUUGUGCGGGCCUGAGAAUGAAGACGGGAUCGAUUAUUUAAAUGAUGGGAGUGGCGAAGAAAAUCAGAACCAUGUGGAAAAAGAAGCUGGAAUGUAUUUUGGCCCACGCGUUGUGAAGUCGUUGUAUAUCUUUGAUUUCGAUGGAACUUUAUUUCAUACGCCUGGUCCAACAGAAGGAAGAAAACUGUAUCAAGAAAUGACAGGCACACCUUGGCCAUACGACGGCUGGUUGUCAAAAAUACAAUCUCUUCAAUCACCUCUACACGUGCACCCAGGUCCGUCUUUAAAAGAAUACUUUGAUCACAAAGAUCGAGCGUGCUCGAUGUCGGUACUACUGACAGCGCGAAUCGAAGAUCUAAGGCAAGCUGUUAAAAGCAUCACGCUUGAGAAUGGAAUGUCCUUUGGUAGAUUUAUGCUCAAACCAACUACUCGUAGCAGAUAUAGUGGCGAGGUAAGUAAAUAUAAAAGAAAUUACGUCAAUAGUUUGCUUGAAGCAUUCCCAAGCGUCAAAGAGGUAAAAUUUUGGGAUGAUCAAAGUACCAAUGUGGAUUCAGUCCGUGGUUUGGCUUAUGCACAUCCGGACAUAGAUUUUCAACUAUUUCAUGUACGGGAAAAACUUCCAGAUCCAUAUAAGAUGACCGUUGAAUGUAUGCUAGAUCGUAUGGGUUGUCGUCAAACCGAAGCAUACAAGCUGGCUGUUAGCGAAGGGAUAAGUUUUAUUGCUGCAGCAUGGAACGACGUGACAGGUACGGCCAACGGAGUAAAGGAGAUUCUACCAUUUGGUUCAUAUGUGCUAAACCGAAGAACGGAUGUUGAUUUGUGCAUUCUAGCUCCUAACGAUAAAAGCGUAGAUCAUUAUAUUAAGUUGCUCGCAGAAAAGCUUAAAACGUAUGGCGUGAAGUACAUCAAUGUUGCUUCUGCUAUUCGUUGUCCAAGAUUGAAAAUUAAAUUCGAAUACAUCAACUCAUGCCCCAUUGAGUUUGAUAUUGUCAUCGCAGCUGUUAUGAGUUCUUGUAAAACACACAUAAAAUCUUUAUAUAAACAAUGCGACGACAAAACUAGUAAGCGUGCGUUGGAUGGGUUAAUAUUCUUAGAAGACGUCGUUCGACCAAUAGAAUCAAGGAUUGGUUUAGAUGACUUUGGGAUGAUUAUUGACGUUGUCUGUGCGGUAUUAUCGAGGAAACAUUUAAAAGGUAAUGCUUUUCACUGUGUUCGCACAUUUCAUCUCGUUCACAUGUUGUCAAAAUUUAUCCUUGAAUUAUCUAUUGACUUAUUUGUGAAAGGCUUUGAAAGCAUGAAAGGUUUCGAAAAAGUACUAUUGCAAUUUUUUAAGUACCUUUCUGAAGUUAAUGAAGAUGAAUGGAAAACACUCUUUAAAGGGUUUGUACCGGAACUUUACAUUCAACCAUUAGUAGAAUGUUUCAGAGAGUCGAGUCGUUCAAGUAUUCAACAGUUAUUGUUUACGGCGCCUACCUCUAUCAAAAUGAAAGGAGAAAUUCGUCUCAAACUGACUACUUCGGAUCCUGUGGCUAUGUGGAAAGGUAUGGUCCUAGCGGAAGCUCGACUUGGAACGCUAAUCAGAACGUUAAUUCAACGUGGUUUGAAAGUAUAUCCUGGAGUUGUUUUAAGCGACACGAUAUAUUUUGGAACGUCGUCCUUAGAAGGAAGCAAAAAGUUAGUGCAAUCAUUCACAGAGAGUUUGCAAAACGAAUUAGGCGACGUGAUUGUAACUAUAAUUUUUAAGCGAUAAUUUUUUUAUUUUCUGGCUUUUGCUUAGCUACUGAAAGUAAUUCAGUGCCAUGAUUUAGUCAAAAAUGACGUAUGAAAUAAGGAAAACACUGAAAAAGAACUAAAAUGCCCUAUACUUUUGCUUAACAUUAGAACGGUCAACCGAAUGGCCCUGAAACUUCUAGCAGCUAAUUUUUUAUCAUUUGAAAAUUCGUUGAAAGCCCUUUCAUACUAACACCCGUUUAGACUCAAAGGCGUUAAUAUCUUUCUGACAUUACUAGUUUUGUGAAUUCUGGUGCCCUGUGGAGCAAAAAUGCACCAAAAAUUGUAUUUAAAGGACGUACAAUAGGGCGUAUCAUUUUAUUUUAUUUUUGUCUAAUUGACAUCCUAAUAAGUUGAACCGGGAGUAAAUAAUACGCCAACCUGAAUAGGGUCAACUUUUGUUAUAUACGUUUCAGAAUUUUUUUUGUAAACAUUUUAAGGAUUUUACGGAUAGCCUUAAAUGAAAUAAUAUAUAUAAUUUUUACUGUCAAUAA